GACUGCCCCACGUUGCCCGGAACCUGACCCCCCUCCUGCACCUGGCCGUGGUCAACAUGGAAGUCCUCCAGGCGCUAGGCCGCUCCUCCAUCCCUCCACACACCGACCCCUGUGAAUUCUUGCGGAGGUUCAGGGAGACCAAAAAUAGCUUGCUGAACGAAUCCGAUGUCACUCACAAUUCCGGCGCCGCCCUCCAGGCGAAGAGGCGGGGCGUAGAUAAGCCCCGCCCAUGUCCGAGUGACGUCACCAUCUCUGUCUCCCUGGACGUGGACGGUGGUGUCGUGUCGCCCCAGGCCAGGCCCGGGAUGAUCAAGAGAACAAGAAUCACGUGCAGCAAAAAGAAGCGACCGAACCAAAGCGCCAGUGACCUGGACGUUCCUAGCGGGGGUCGUGGGAAGGGCGGUGAUGGUGGUGGGGUCAUGACCCCCAGCAGGGAGAAGUGCAUGGAGGAGAUCCAGAAGAUUUUCAAAGGUCAAGGUCAGGAGGGAGAAAUGAUGUCACCUGGCAGCCCGGGCUCCCCCGGACGUCCAAAGUCGAGGUCUCAGUCCAUCAGCUCUCCCCACAGGGAUGACGUGAACAUGAAGCGGUGUCGCUCCGGUUCAUCCAGGAACACAAGUACACGGUCGUCCCCGUGCAAGUCGCCGGUGUCCAGGAACACAAGUACACGGUCGUCCCCGUGCAAGUCGCCGGUGUCCAGGAAAAUGUCACGUGACGGAGGUGGACGGGAGGACAGUCGUAAGGCGGGAAGGAAAAAGACUAGUUCGGGCCAGGACUGUGGGUGUCGAGAGUCCAAGGGCCGGAGGUACAGCUCCCAGGAACAGAACGAUAGCAGACGACCUAGCAAGUCUUCUAAUCAGAGGGACAGACCCUCACGGAAAAGUCUUCGGGAGACAGGCUCGCCUGGUGACGUCACGCCGGGAGGCAAAAGACGACGGCCUCGGGGUGAUGAGGAGGAGGAGGAAGAGGGGGAGGAAUGUGUCGCUGUGUGUGUGAAAGCGUGCCAGCCCACGUCGCAGGAUGAUUCCCAUUACAGAGAGAAAAGGAGACGUUCAAAAUGUGAAGACAGGGACAGAGGCGGUGGCCGGGGAAAGUCUGCCUGCCACAAGUCGCCAUCAGGAGCCCCCAUUGUCUGUGUGAGCGUGCUGAGCGAUAUAGAAGGGUCUAUGGAUCAUAUACUGGAGGAUAUGUCGUGCUGCAGCCCGUGUGGGAAAGGGGUGUCCCACAAAGACAAAAAGGACAACAAGGACAGCAAGGAAAAAGAGCGUAGUUCCGGGUCCAGUUCCUCACGAGACUCCCGCUGCCGCUGCCGUGACUCUGAGCGUGACAGCCGUGAGGUGCCCGCCACCCCACCCCCUAGUCUCGUGACGCGAGACACCGAGUUCCACUCCCGGGACCUGGACUACUCCGAGAAAUCCCAGCACAGUUUGGAAUGUGAUUCUUCCUCCACGCCACGUGAACCGUCACGUCGCCCGUCUUCACGCGAGGCGUCACGUCAGGGCUCGGGCUCGGCUUCUCCUGUGAAGAGGUCGCACCGUAACUCGGGAAGCGCCACGCCGACGAAGUCACGUCACAGCAAGUCACACCACAGGUCACGUUCACGUCAGAGCAGGUCACGCGGGGAGUCACGCGCCACCACGUCGCGUCGUUCCCGCUCUCGCUCCGCGUCUCCUCCCGGCGUGACGUUCGGGCGUGACUCGCGCAGCGCCGCCUCUCCUGUUACGCGAUCACGCGGGGUGUCACGCCGCACCAGGAGGUCUGUCUCACGUGACACUGUCCUCUCCGCUCGCCGCCGGGGGAGAAGUCGUUCGUGGUCACGAGCGUCCGCCUCCGAUCCCCAUCCUUCCUUGGGCUCGCGUCGCGAUUCCUUCUCCGCUUCUCCCGUGAGGUCGUGCGCAAGAUCUAGAUCCGCAUCGCAGGUGAGACGGCACAGACAGGUGAGCACCACGUCACCGCCACGUUCACGCCCCCUCUCGGCGUGCGGCAGCGUGGCCGGGCCACGUGAUGAGGCGCCCUCCCCCAUGCCACGCGCGAGUCGACAGGACAGGUGUGAGGAUGACGACGGCAACAACAAGGAGAAGGGAUCUCCGUCUGCGUCCAGAGGUCCACAGCCGGCUCCCAGAUCCAACUGGAAAGCCGGCAGGUACGGCGAGGAAACGAGCGGGACUCCAGGAACGACAGACGGGUCCAGUGGCUCGCUUCGGAAAGAAACGUGCGACGAUAAAGACGAAUCUUCCCGGGAGGAGAGGAGGAAAAAGAAAAAGAGGUCGACCGCGAGGUCUCCUAACUCCUCCAGCAUCUCCUGCAGCUCGGAUAGAGAGCGGUCGACGUGUUCAUCUUCAGAGGACGCGGCGGAGAAACGACGCGGCCGCUGCCGCGAGCGGAAAACUGACGCGCCCGAUGGUGGAGGAUCGAGGCGUUCGUCGUCUCUGCCCCCGCCGUCUACGUCAGGGUUUUCCUGUAAGAAAGUCUGUAUCGCUUGUCGGCGCCAGCGAAAGCUCCAACUCGUGCAUGGAUGCAGAUAUGAUGGGGGAUAGCUGUGACGAAUGUGAUGAGGAUCUGUACGGGAUGAGAAGAGGUUCGGAGUAUGAUGAUGAGGGGGAGGAAGAGAGGAGAGAUGGAAGGAGGCGCACAAAGGAGUUCUCGAGCACCGAGCAAGAUAUCUCAGGACAGGAGAAGACAGAGGGCAGCACAUCUGCAGGAGAAGAAGAGGACGAUGAUAGAGUGAAGGAGGAGGAGGAAGAUGAAGAAGAAACAGGCGCAGAGGAAGAGAGGAAGGCUUCCACUGCA